CUAAGAGAAAUUCAUCAUGUCAGCGCCUUGCUUCAAAAUUGAAAAGUUUCGACCUCUGGCUCCACUCGGCUGUGAGGAGAACUCAGCUGUCUGCUCGUGCUUGAGGUUCAUUCGUGAAGGUCUCUCCAAUCGACCGAUUCAAUUUCAGGCAAGAUGUCGGCCAACAAAAUCCCAGCAAGGCCCAUGGAGUACCCAUACACCAUGGCUGCCAAGUUCACCCAUUUCCCCUACAAGAUGUAUUUCAACCAUGCCAACUGGCGGUACAAGUGGUCAGUCAUUGGUUAUGGCCUUUCCAUUCCAUUCUUCAUCUUCCUUAACAAUGCCUUGAACAGCCCUGGCAAUCAAGAGAAGCGAAAGGAGUUUGAACGCAAGAUUCACAAAGAUCAUGAGGAGCACCUCAAGCACUUGAAGUAGAUUCUCUACUUUCAUAACAUUUGUUGAUUUUAAUCUUGUUUCUAUGCUAUUUAACUACCCUCACUUCAGAAUUGUAAAUGUAGAAUAUUCAAUAAAACAACACUGAAUGUAUUUACAGAUGAAAA